AUGCCGAAUAAAAACAAGAAGGAGAAAGAAUCACCCAAACCAGGGAAAAGUGGAAAAAGUUCAAAAGAAGGACAAGACAUAAUAGACUCAGAGAUUCCCAGCAGGAAAAACAGCCUUAUUGCUGCCCCGUCUGCAGUAUCUAGUAAAAUAAAAGUGCCAGCCCCUCAGCCCAUAGUGAAGAAAGACAAACGGCAAAAUUCUUCCAGGUUUAGCGCCAGCAAUAAUAGAGAACUUCAAAAACUACCGUCUUUAAAAGAUGUUCCUCCUGCUGAUCAAGAGAAGCUUUUUAUCCAGAAGUUACGUCAAUGUUGUGUCCUCUUUGACUUUGUUUCCGAUCCGCUCAGUGACCUAAAGUGGAAGGAAGUAAAACGAGCUGCUUUAAGUGAAAUGGUAGAAUAUAUCACCCAUAAUCGGAAUGUGAUCACAGAGCCUCUUUACCCAGAAGUAGUCCAUAUGUUUGCAGUUAACAUGUUUCGAACGUUACCACCUUCCUCCAACCCCACGGGAGCAGAAUUUGACCCAGAGGAAGACGAGCCAACGUUAGAAGCGGCCUGGCCUCACCUGCAGCUUGUUUAUGAGUUUUUCUUAAGAUUUUUAGAGUCUGCAGAUUUCCAACCUAAUAUAGCGAAGAAAUAUAUUGAUCAGAAGUUUGUAUUGCAGCUUUUAGAGCUCUUUGACAGUGAAGAUCCUCGCGAGAGAGAUUUUCUCAAAACUACCCUUCACAGAAUCUAUGGAAAAUUCUUAGGCUUAAGAGCUUACAUCAGAAAACAGAUAAAUAAUAUAUUUUAUAGAUUUAUUUAUGAAACAGAGCAUCACAAUGGCAUAGCAGAAUUACUGGAAAUAUUGGGAAGUAUAAUUAAUGGAUUUGCCUUACCACUAAAAGAAGAGCACAAGAUUUUCUUAUUGAAGGUGUUGUUACCUUUGCACAAAGUGAAGUCUCUGAGCGUCUACCAUCCUCAGCUGGCCUACUGUGUGGUGCAGUUUUUAGAAAAGGACAGCACGCUCACGGAGCCGGUGGUAAUGGCACUUCUCAAGUACUGGCCAAAGACCCACAGUCCAAAAGAAGUCAUGUUCCUGAACGAAUUGGAAGAGAUUCUGGAUGUCAUAGAGCCGUCAGAGUUCGUGAAGAUCAUGGAGCCUCUUUUCCGGCAGCUGGCCAAGUGCGUCUCCAGCCCCCACUUCCAGGUGGCGGAGCGGGCGCUCUACUACUGGAACAACGAGUACAUCAUGAGCCUGAUCAGCGACAACGCGGCCAAGAUCCUGCCCAUCAUGUUCCCAUCCUUGUACCGCAACUCCAAGACCCACUGGAACAAGACGAUACACGGCUUGAUAUACAACGCACUGAAACUCUUCAUGGAGAUGAACCAAAAGCUGUUUGAUGACUGCACCCAGCAGUUUAAGGCAGAGAAACUGAAAGAGAAGCUAAAAAUGAAAGAACGAGAAGAAGCGUGGGUUAAAAUAGAAAACCUAGCCAAAGCAAACCCCCAGUAUGCAGUGUAUAGUCAAGCGAGCACCAUCAGCGUCCCGGUGGCAAUGGAGACAGAUGGGCCUUUAUUUGAAGAUGUGCAGAUGCUGAGAAAGACAGUGAACGAAGAGGCUCGCCAGGCACAGAAGGACCCGAAGAAGGAGCGGCCCCUGGCGCGCCGCAAGUCCGACCUUCCCCAGGACCUGCACGCCAAGAGCGCCCUGGAGGCCCACGGCCACGCCGAGGAGCCAGCACCCCAGGAUGGGCGCUAG